AUGAUCUUCUCGCCCCAUGCCCAACAAUCUCCACCAGAGUGCGACCUUGAGGAAGCAGCUCAGCGAUGCGCAGAGCUGGUCUGGAUGGACAGGCCAUGCUUCGAGUGCGGGCUCAAAGUUCGCUCUUGCCUCUGUAGGCCGCCCAGCGAGUCUACUGGCCCGCGCCAGCUUUCCGUGUCACAACUCUACGAGCAGCUGAGCAUGAAGACCUAUGGCACUCAGUUGCGGUUGUUGCAGGGUGCGAAAGAUUCAGCCAGCGAAACGCCUAAGGAAAGAAGAAGGCAGGGGAACCAUGAUGAGCUCUUCCAGCCGUCCUCAGAAGUGGGUUAUCCUCUUCAGGGCAAGAGAAUGCAGGUACUGAUCAAGGCGAAGAGAGGGCUGGUAGAUCGCGGUAGCCGAGCUGCAAUCCAAGUGGUCUGCUCUUGCCUCGAACACCCUGAGCAGUACGUGCGAGGGGCAGCGGUUGAGGCGUUAGGGAAGAUCUGCGAGAGAGGAGACAAGGAAGCCAUCGGGAUCAUCCUUCCGCUACUCGCCAGCGAGCACGAUGGCACCAGAGACGCUGCAGCUGAGGCUUUGAGCCUCGUGGCUGCUCGAGGGGAUCAAGACGUCAUCUCCAAGGUGCUGGCGAUCGCCAAGAGCAGUCAACUCCUACAGUGUCGGGUGUCAGCAAUCAAAGUGAUUCCGCGAAUCUCGCUGCGAGGAAGCUCGUCGGUGGUUGAAUCGCUCAUCGCGCUAGGCGAUGUCGGGCACCUCGAGCUUGUACUAGUGAUCCAAGAGGCGCUCGUUGAUCUCUGCUUGAGGGGUGACAGACGUGCCAUCUCUCUCUUGUCUGCUCAAGCUUGCAGCCCUGAGCCUCGCGCUCGCAUCGCUUCAAUCUUGGGGCUUGCUUCCAUUGCUGAGCUCUGCAAGCCUGGCGAUGGCAACGCAUUCCAGGUGCUUAAGAAAGCCCUACAGGACUGCGACAAAGACGUGCGAGCAGCAGCAGCUUCAGCGAUUUUUCCGCUCGUGCCUGUAGGCGGGAACUCAAAACCAUGGCUAUCUGGCAGUGCCGCCACGAAUCUCAAGCUUCUCUGCGUGGAGGCAAAAGCGUUGAUCAGAAAGUUCGGAGACGACACAUCUGGUCCAGCAUUGAAGACUCAAGACGAGGCUAUUGGAAGCUGCUGCCAGACCGAGCACGAGCGGGAGCCCUACAAGGGCGAAAGCUUCUUGAGCUUGAGCGCUACAGGAAGUUCUCCGGCGUCUUCAACUGCGGGGGGCGACAUCCCAGGCGAUUCCUCGAGGGCCUUCAAGAUGCGGUUCCAAAAGUUCGUCGACGACGCGAUGCGCGAGCAGACGGCAAGUGCUGGGGCGAGUUCCGAGCAAGUCGAGGAAGAAAUCUCUCUUCUUGUUCUGCAGAUGGUCUUGAUUGUGAGCACAUCAGUAGCAGUUGAAGACAAUGCACGUCUGAUCGAAGAGGUCGACCAGAAACAAAAGCGAUUAUGGAGCCAACAACUCAAAGACUUGAAAGCCUCAAAGUCUUCAAAAAGUUCCAAGCUUGUUCUGCCAAAAUCAAGUGGUCGGCCGAUGAGCAUGUCCAUGAGGUCUUCUGCUCGUGCUGCAGACUCUGCAAGUUCUGGUUUUGCUUUUGGGAACCUUGGCUUGUUGCUCGCAGGACAACAGCGAGAUACUGACAGCUCCUCGUCCUCCUUCCCUUCUCCCUGCGUGAUGGUGGACUUGCGGAUUGACCGUAGGAGACUCGCUGAGCUGACGCUGAUGCAGGCCGACACCGUCAAGGUUGAGAAGAAUGAGUCCAGAAAUCGCGGGAGCGGUGAAGGACGAGAGUCUCUUGUCAUGACAGGCAGUCAGCGCAAGCCUGUGCGGCAACACACGUUGUCGGUCGAGAAGUUCAUGAGCAACUUCUCCAUCAGCCUGGAGCUCAAGAAACGAGCGAGAGGAGGCUUGAUCGGAAACCUCUCGAGAAGCUUCGCAAGUUCCACGACCCAGACCUGACGGC